AUGGGCCGGUCUGGAUUAUACGACAAAUGUUCUUACACCACCCUGGACCGAGGAUGGGUUUUGGGAAUCAACAACGUCAGCAACCAAGGUAAUCGAGAUCCUCGCUAUUUUUUCUCACUGAAGACCGACCGUGCCCGGAAGGUUACCACCAUCACAGAUCACCACAGCUACCUUCCGAAUCAGUGGGUUCACCUUGCCAUCACUUACGAUGGACGCUUGAUGAAGUUGUACGUGAACGGUGCCCAGGUGGCGGCUAGCAGAGAACAGGUGGGGAGUAUCUUCAGCCCUUUGACCUUGAAAUGUAAGAUCCUUAUGCUGGGCGGCAAUGCCCGACACCAAAACUACCGAGGAUACAUAGAGCAUUUCAGUCUUUGGAGAACGGUCCGUUCUCAGAAGGAGAUACUGAUGGACAUGACUUUGGUGGCCCAUGAAGUAGAUGUUCCUCUACCUCAACUAGUGUUUCAGGAGACUUUGCUGAAUGUGAAAAGCAACUGGCUUCCCAUGAAAGAUAGCCCACGUCUUCCUCUGACCGAGUUGACCUCCCACUCUGGCUACCUGUUGGAUACCAGCCUGGAGCCCCCUCUUUGCGGCCAAACAGUUUGCGACAAUGUGGAGGUCAUCGCCAGCUACAACCGGAUCCCGACCUUCCGUCACAGGAAGGUGGUCCGUUACCGCGUGGUGAACAUUUACGAUGACCAUCAUCGCAACCCAACCAUCAGCCAGCAACAAAUAGAGUUCCAGCACCGGCAACUGAACGAGGCCUUCAGCCCGUACAACAUCUCGUGGGAAAUAGAGGUGCUGGAGAUCAACGAUUCCUCCCUUCGCGACCGCCUCAUCCUGGCCAACUGCGAAAUCAGCAAGAUUGGAGAUGAGAACUGCGAUCCAGAGUGCAAUCAUACGUUGACCGGGUUUGAUGGAGGAGAUUGCCGCCAUGUGCGCCAGCUUUCCUUCAACAGGAAGAAGCAGAAUGGCAUGUGUGACAUGGAUUGCAACUCGGAGAAGUACAACUUCGACGGCGGGGAUUGCUGCAACCCAGAUAUAACGGAUGUCACCAAAACCUGCUUUGAUCCCGAUUCUCCUAACAGGGCCUACUUAGAUGUCAAGGAACUGAAGAACAAGCUCAACCUGAAUGGCUCCACACACCUCAACAUCUUCUUCGCCAAUUCUUCUGAAGAAGAGCUGGCUGGCAUGGCCACCUUUCCUUGGGACAAAGAAGCCCUGGUACACUUGG